UGUAUCGGGCAACCCCACAUUGCAGGUUAGCAUACGGCCCAAGAUUCAAACAACAAGACCGCAGGCCGGCCGGUUUGGGCUGGCGAAGGCUAAAGGAGUGCCCCCAUGCAGCAAGGAAGCAUCACGAAUCUGCACAUCGCCCGCGUGAAGGAGACACCUUCCGACCCGGUUCAGGAGGCCACCGCCAUCUCCUCGAUGGGCUCGAGGGGGACCGAAGUUGCCGCACGGGCAACAUGCGCCAGGUGCUGAUCAUGGAUAACGAGACCCUGGGCUCGUUUGGCCUGGUUCCCGGCCAGAUCAAGGAGAACAUCACGGUCACCGGACUCGACCUGUCCCAGACCGUGGCCGGCAACGUGGUCUUCAUCGGUGACGAGGUGACCAUGGAGAUCGUGGGGGAGUGCGAACCCUGCGGCAAGAUGGACGCCAUCCGCCAGGGUCUUCAGUCCGAGCUGAACCACCGCCGGGGCAUGCUCUGCACGGUCAUCAACCGCGGCCCCAUCAAGGUCGGCGACAACAUCCGCGUCGAGCCGUAG